AAGAAUAGAAAAGAUAGGAAGAAAGAAAGAAAGGAAAAAAAAAAAGGAAAAAAAGGAUUAAAGGAAAAAAGGAUAUAAAAUGUUGAAUAAAAAUCAACUUAUAGGAUUCCUAAUCGUUAUAAAUAUUAUGACGAUAGUUUCAACGGAAUCAAGCCCCGAGUACGUGAAGCAAUGUUCUAGGAAGGAUCCUAAAUUAAAAAGUUGCCUGAUCGAUUCUCUUCAUCAUCUUAAACCUUAUUUAAAAGAUGGCAUACCAGAAAUUGAAUUACCUUCCGUCGAACCUUUUCGUAUGGAUGAGCUGACUCUCUCUCUGACAGGUGGUACAAACGGUUACAAGGUUCAAUUGCGAGAACUCUAUGUAAGGGGAGCGAGUAACUAUACAGUCGAGGACAUCCAACUAGGUUCACCCUUCGAAGCUGUCAUUAGAAUGCCAGCCCUUGUACUUGACGCUCAAUACACCAGUUCCGGUGUAUUGAUCAUUUUACCAGCAAGUGGAAAUGGUACCUUCCAUGCUCGUUUCGAUGACGUACGAGCCCUUGUGAAGGGUUCGGUCUCAACAAAAGUUCGUGACAAUAAAACUUAUCUGAACGUCGAGAAAUUAGACGUCGAGCUCAGUGUGAAAAACGUUAAUAUGAGAGUAAGAAAGAUCUAUAGGAACAAUAGAAUAUUAACGGAGGCAACCAAUCUAUUCUUACGAGAGAACGGACAGGAAGUUUUGAAAGCGAUGGAGCCACAACUGAAAAGGAAACUAUCAGUUCUGUUUGCAGGAAUUGUCAAUCAGCUAUUACGUCACGUGCCCGUCGAGACGUUCCUAUUACCCUAAGCCAAUCUUUUCGUUUUCUAAUAUUUUCGUUUGCUUUUUCUAUUUUCUUUCGAGUUAUCUGUAUAAUAAAAAGAAGAAAAAAAAAAGAAAAAAAAGGAAAAAA